AUGGUAGGUAUUGUAAGUUAUAGUACUGCGAUAAAUUGUGACAGUUUGUUGUACAUAAAAACAAUAGGAUCAGUUAAAUGUCGUAUUCAACCAGGGUAUGAAGCACAAAGAUUAUUAAAGCUGAAUGAUGUUAAUGUGGUUAUAACAAUGAAGAUUGAUAAAUCAGAUGAUGGUCCUGUUUACCAAAUUAUUUCUUCUGACUUAUUAAUUGAUUGCAAGUCAUUACAUUCCUCUUCUGUUGUUAAAGAUGUUUUUAGAAAAUUAAACUUUAUUUGUUCUAAAAACUGGUCUGGUUUUCAGUUUUUUGGCUUGGAUAGAAGUGAAGUAAUCAAUAAGACAUCUUGUCCAAUAAUAAAAUUUGAUACACCAUCUUUUGAUAACAUUAAACAAAACAACAACAGUGUAAUAGUUGAUUUACUGAAUAUAAGAAAACGUGGUGCUGGAAAAACUAGUUCACUUCUCAGUAAAAAAGCUAUAAAAUCUCGGAAUAAGACAAUUCAUUCAUUAGUAGAGUUAGCAAGCUAUGGUGAUGUAAAAAGUUUUGUGAGCUACAUAAUAAAUGAGUCACUGCGCUCUUCUGAGACCGCCAGGGUAAAUUUUGAUUUACUCUAAUUUUUUUUGUUUAAUUAUUAUUAUUUAGG